UGAAGUAGAGGACCGAAGAUGGCGUUGACUUUGAGAAGCGCAUUCUGUGAAGCUUUGCGAGCAGGCUGGAGAAUAGGAGGGCACAAAUUGCCAUCCCCUCUGCAAACACGGAUCGGUUGUCUGUUGCCAGCUGCCAUACGUCAUCAGAGUUCUCAGAGCAUCAAGUAUCCUCCAAGCUAUGUCCCAGAAACAUCUCUGUCCAGACGUCCCUGGCCAGAACUGUCAAUCAUUGACCCCAUGGAAGAGAAGAAGCAACAUCGAGAGGUUGUACAGAAAGUAAAUAACAUUCUUGCAUCGGAGGAGUAUGGAAGGCUGUAUGCAGUGGUGCAUUUUGCAAGUCGGCAGUGGAAAGUGACAAAUGAAGACUUGAUUCUCAUUGAAAACCACAUAGAUGCUGAGUGUGGCGACCGAGUAAGACUUGAAAAGGUAUUGAUGGUUGGUGGAGAGGAUUUCACUCUAAUUGGACGGCCUCUUCUCAGCCGAGAUUUGGUCAAAGUAGAGGCCACUGUUAUAGAGAAGACAGAAUCCUGGCCCAUGGUGCACAUGCGUUUUUGGAGAAGGCACAGAUAUCAAAGGAAAAGAAUCAUUAUUCAGCCUCAGACAGUGCUUCGGAUCAACACAGUUGAAGUGGCACCAAACUUGUGUUAACUGUAUUUUCCACUUUAUAAUAUUAUUUGGCAUAUGUCUAUGUAUUGCUGAGGACUGUUUAAGGUACUGUAAUUAAAAAUUUCAGACACUGUUGUCUGCCUUCAAUGGUCUUUUCAAGUAAACUUAAGAUUAUAUUAGUGUGAAA